UUUCUUUCCAUUGAAAUUUCUUUUCGUCUCUUUCUUAUUUUCUCUCUCUGUCUCAGCGAUAAAUUUUGUACUGUUGACGUUGUCAACUUGUUUCGAUCGCUGUUUGUUUUGGUUGGAAUUGUGUUUCAAGUUUUUUUUUCCUUUCUUUUGGCCAAGAAUUUUAAAAGCCGCAUAUAAAAAUGGCCAAUCUCAUCGUUGACAACAGUAAACGCGAUAGUGAUGAAGACAAUAUUACAAAGCGGCUGAAUAAAGCGUUUGAAAGUCGUUUGGAUUUAGAUCGGGAAACUUUGGAGGCACUCAGUGAUUUGUCCACAUUUUUCACGGAAAAUACACUGCAAACUCGUCGAAAUUUGCGCAGCAAAAUCGAAAAACGAAGUCUAACGAUCAACGAAAAUUUUCUGUUGGCAUUUAAAGAGGUCAAAACCACACUCGACGGAAUUUGCGAUGAUAUUGAUGGGAUGCGUAAAACAGUUGGUGCAAUGAAACAAUGUUUAUCGGAAACGGAAGCCCAAACCCAUGAAUUAAUUCAACAAACGAAUGCACUUCAAGUGGAAAGUAAAAAAUUAGAAGUGCGACAGGAAAUAACCAGUGCAUUCUUAAGUCAAUUCCGAUUGAGUGUCGAAGAGCAUCAACAUUUAUAUGGAACAUCACGAGAUGCACCGAUCACAAAUAAAUUCUUCGAAGUGCUUGAACGAAUUCAGGCCAUUCAUGCCGAAUGCCGAGUUUUGCUGCAAUCAAAUUGCCAAACAGCUGCUCUUGAUAUUAUGGAAGAGAUGACAUUGCAUCAAGAAGCCGGCUUGGAGCGAUUGUAUCGAUACACACAGGCUCAUUGCCGUAAUGUUGACUCAGAUAUUAGUGGGUUAUUGCAAUUAGCGAUGAACAAAUUACAAGAUCGACCGGUGCUGUUCAAGUAUGUGAUUGAUGAGUAUGCAAAUGCACGACGAUCCGUUUUUGUACGGCAUUUCAUUGAUGCACUCACUGUCGGCGGACCAAAUGGCAAUCCAAAACCCAUUGAAAUGCAUUCACACGAUCCAAAGAGGUAUAUCGGUGACAUGUUUGCUUGGCUACACUCGUCCAUACCGAUUGAACGAGAAAAUUUGAUGUUGUUACUGAAGGACUGUGAUAAAAAUGACAUGAGUGAACAAUCGCAGGCGGCUCUAACCCACAUCGCUGACGGCGUUUGUCAUGCACUGAAAGUGCGCGUAGAAACAAUUUUAAACGGCUGCACCGACGUCAUCACCUUGUAUUCUGUGUCAAACUUGAUACGAUUCUAUCAGACCAUUUUGAAGCAGAUAAUAAAAGGAGGUGAUUUGGAGGAAUGUAUCGGUAAUUUGCAGUUGUUCAGCGAGUCAACGUAUUUGAAAACAUUGUCGCAACAAGUGAAAGAGUUGCUGUACGGUCAGCCGGGUGCAAAUAUGGGCUUGGAGCCACCGAAUAAUGAUUUAAUUCCAUCGCACAGUGUGACUCGUUUGCUGAGCAUUCUCAAGGAGAUUUUGUCGGUGGCAAGUAUGGUCGAAAGUCGCCAGACAGAUAUCACAAAAAUCGUUUCGUGUGUUAUCGAUCCACUUUUGCAUUCCAUUACCGAGUCAGCUUCACAUUUACCGACGGUCGAUAUGGCCGUUUACAUUCUGAAUUGUUUGUAUCACAUGCAAAGUACGCUCGGUAUGUUUGAAUAUGUCGACAGUCGAAUGGAGCGACUGCAAGCUCAAUGUGACGCCCAAAUCGAUACAUUAACAUCCGAGCAGGCGUCAUCAUUAGUGGCCAAUUUGAAUUUAGGACCCAUUUACACACUUUUACAAAGUUCAUCGAAAGACAUCGAUCCGAACCAUUUGAAAAUGUUCAUGGUAAAACUCGACUCAUUUUUAGAGAUGCCAGAUGUUCUGUUGCUACCUCAGGUGAAUCUAUUGCAGAGCAAUGCACAUCGGUCAACCAUACAAAAACGUUCAUUCAAUGUCAUCAUUGCCAUUUACAAGCAAAUCUACGAACGAGUUCACGACCCGAACAGUAACCUAGAAGCACAGCGUGCCAUUCUCACUAAAACACCAGAGAAACUCAGUGAAUAUUUGAGUGUUUAGGUAGAAAAAAAAACUUGACGAUUUUUUUAAUAAAAUUCAGUUUGUGUAUUAAAAUUCAUUUGAUCAAAAUAAUAUCAUUUCGAAUCAAAGUUGAAUGAAUACUUGAAUAAAGUUGUAAUCAUUAAAACGGCAAAAAUUCGUUAAAAAAA